AUGUCCGGUGGAAGCGUUUCAAGUGACCCGAUUAUCUUAUCGGACAAGCAAACACCCACCAACAAAGACAGUUCAACAACCUAUCCUACACCCACCAACAAAGACAGUUCAACAACCUAUCCUACACCCACCAACAAUGACAGUUCAACAACCUAUCCUACGACCACCAACAAAGACAGUUCAACAACCUAUCCUACACCCACCAACAAAGACAGUUCAACAACCUAUCCUACACCCACCAACAAAGACAGUUCAACAAUCCAUCCUACACCCACCAACAAAGACAGUUCAACAACAUAUCCUACACCCACCAACAAUGACAGUUCAACAACCUAUCCUAUACCCUCUACAAAAGACAGUUCAACAACCUAUCCUACACCCACCAACAAUGACAGUUCAACAACCUAUCCUACGACCACCAACAAAGACAGUUCAACAACCUAUCCUACACCCACAACAAAAGACAGUUCAACAAUCUAUCCUACGCCCACCAACAAAGAGAGUUCAACAACUUAUCUUACACCCAUCAACAAAGACAGUUCAUUAACCUAUCCUAUGCCCACCAACAAAGACAGUCCAACAACGUAUCUUACACCCACCAACAAAGACAAAUCGACAAUCUAUUCUACGCCCACCAAUAAAGACAGUCUAACAACCUAUCCUACACCCACCACAAAAGACAUUUCAACAAUCUAUCCUAUGCCCACCACAAAAGACAGUUCAACAACAUAUCCUUUACACUCCAACAAAGACAGUUCAACAACCUAUCCUACACCCACCGUAAAAGACACUUCAACAAGCUAUACUACGCCCACUAACAAAGACAGUUCAACAAUCUAUCCUACGCCCACCAACAAAGAUAGUUCAACAAGCUAUCCUACGCUCACUAACAAAGACAGUUCAACAAUCUAUCCUAUACCCUCUACAAAAGACAGUUCAACAAUCUAUCCUACAUAUACCAACACAGACAGUUCAACAACCUAUCCCACGCCCACCAACAAAGACAGUUCAACAACCUAUCCUAUACCCUCUACAAAAGACAGUUCAACAAUCUAUCCUACAUAUACCAACACAGACAGUUCAACAACCUAUCCCACGCCCACCAACAAAGACAGUUCAACAACCUAUCCCACACCCACCAAUAUGGACAGUUCAACAACCUAUCCUACGCCCACCAACAAAGACAGUUCAACAACCUAUCCUAUCCCUGCCAACAAAGACAGUGCAAUAACCUAUUUUACACACACCACAGAAGACAGUUCAACAACCUAUCCUACGCCCACCACAAAAGACAGUCUAACAACCUAUCCUACGCCCACCAACAAUGACAGUUCAACAAUCUAUCCUACACCCACCACAAAAGACAGUUCAACAACCUAUUAUACACCCACCAACAAAGACAGUUCAACAACAUAUCCUUUACACUCCAAAAAAGACAGUUCAACAACCUAUCCUACACCCACCGUAAAAGACACUUCAACAAGCUAUACUACGCUCACUAACAAAGACAGUUCAACAAUCUAUCCUAUACCCACUACAAAAGACAGUUCGACAAUCUAUCCUACGCCCACCAACAAAGAUAGUUCAACAAGCUAUCCUACGCUCACUAACAAAGACAGUUCAACAAUCUAUCCUAUACCCUCUACAAAAGACAGUUCAACAAUCUAUCCUACAUAUACCAACACAGACAGUUCAACAACCUAUCCCACGCCCACCAACAAAGACAGUUCAACAACCUAUCCCACACCCACCAAUAUGGACAGUUCAACAACCUAUCCUACGCCCACCAAAAAAGACAGUUCAACAACCUAUCCCACACCCACCAAAAAAGACAGUUCAACAACCUAUCCUAUCCCUGCCAACAAAGACAGUGCAAUAACCUAUUUUACACCCACCACAGAAGACAGUUCAACAACCUAUCCUACGCCCACCAAAAAAGACAGUUCAACAACCUAUCCUACGCCCACUAACAAAGACAGUGCAAUAACCUAUUCUACACCCACCACAAAAGACAGUUCAACAAUCUAUUUUACAUAUACCAACAAAGACAGUUCAGCAACCUAUCCCACACACACAAUCAAAGACAGUUUAACAACCUAUCUUACCUCUGCCAACAAAGACAGUUCAACAACAUAUCCUACUCCCACCAAAGAAGAAAGUUCAACAACCUAUCCUACGCCCACCAACAAAGACAGUUCAACAACCUAUCCAACACCUACCAACAAUGACAGUUCAACAGCCUAUCCUACGCCCACAAACAAAGACAGUUCACAAAUCUAUCCUACGCCCUCCAACAAAGACAGUUCAACAACCUAUCCUACGCCCUCCAACAAAGACAGUUCAUCAAUCUAUCCUACGCCCUCCAGCAAAGACAGUUCAACAACCUAUCCUACGCCCUCCAACAAAGACAGUAUAACAAUCUAUCCUACGCCCUCCAACAGAGACAGUUCAACAAUCUAUCCUACGCCCUCCAGCAAAGACAGUUCAACAACCUAUCCUACGCCCUUCAACAGAGACAGUUCAACAAUCUAUCCUACGCCCUCCAGCAAAGACAGUUCAACAACCUAUCCUACGCCCUCCAACAGAGACAGUUCAACAAUCUAUCCUACGCCCUCCAACAGAGACAGUUCAACAAUCUAUCCUACGCCCUCCAACAAAGACAGUUCAACAACCUCUAUUACGCCAACCAGUUCGGGCAAUUCAACAAUUGAUCCAUCUGUGGUAAUUAAGAAAUCUGACAGUUCUGGUAGGUCCAUUUUACAACUCUAG